UCAGCUGGAAAUUUUUUGAUAAUUUUUCUCCUCAAAAAACCAUUGCACAAAUGCCCACAAAUUGUGAACAAAAAUCCCAAAAAAUAAAACUUCAUUCAGCGUUUGUGGAGUGUUUACAUUGAAUUUGAAGAUUCGCCAACUGUUCAACUGACAGACGAAUUGACACAUCAAUUUUCGAACAAAAAAAAAACAAACUAUUUGACGUGCAUUGGUAUGUGUACAGCACAAAAACCACUGCGUCAAUUGAAAACAGAAGAAGUGUGUGCCAAACGUAAUUGUGUCGAAAGAGCCGAAUUAUUUUAAGCAAAAACGAUUUGUUUGUUGUUCUGCAUUCGGUGAAUUUUCUCUAAUUUCCGGUGGAAGGAUAGUAAAUGAUGUUGAUUUAAACGAAUCAACAGUCGAUACGUUAAAGGAGAUUAGUCUCCCGUUGAAAUUAGUUGAGAUUUGAAACAAGUUGGGAGAAAAUUAAACAAACUUCAUCACAAUGUUCUCGGCAAUGAAGAAUUUCGUGAAUCGUCAUCGGCGUAAAUUUUUGAUUGGCGGUUUCGUCGUGGCCGGUGGAAUGUUGACACUUCGAUAUGCACAGCGAAAGUUGAUUGAAUAUCAGGAGUCUAAAGCGCGUGAAUUUUUUGAACGCACCCGUCGUACACAGCAUUUUGAAUCGACGGAACGAACGUGCAAUCAGGCAAUUAUGGGAUUGGCGCCAAAUUUAAUCGAACAAAUUCUCAAAAAUCUGGAUGCAGACCACAUUGUUGCUGAGCUACGAAAUAAACCAGAUGAGAAAAUCGUCUUGUGGAACAAGUUAAAAGUGUUGGCAAUCGGUCGAUUAUGCGCAUUGGUAUAUGCUUGCUCCAUGCUGGUCAUCACGCUACGCGUACAAUUCAACAUUCUCGGCGGGUAUCUUUAUAAAGAUGCAAUCAAUAGUGAUGAACAGGUGACCUCAGAACUGCAACACAAUUAUGUGGCCUUAAUUCAACACUUUUUAAGCGAUGGAUGCGAUGCACUCUGCCAAUUGGUUGAGCAGAAAGUCGAACAAAUCGUCAAUUCGUACGAUUUGAGCCGAAAACUCACACUGAACGAAACCGAACAAAUUUUCUGCUCCAUUCAAAUGGCCAUCAAUAGUGAUGCAAGCGAUCCAAGCACCCAUUUGGCCAGCUAUGUUUAUCCAAGUGAUGUGCCAGCCAGCACAUCAGACGCAUUAUUCGAGAAAAUGUACAACGAAACCAUUGACAUGCUCGAGAGCAGCGAUGUAUCAAUGCUGAAUGCAAACAAUGUGAGCCGCGGAUUUUCGAUUGUUAUGGACAACAUUGCCGAUUUCUACUUCAAACCGGUGAAUGGAACCAUUGUCACUGAAAAUGGUAUCAAACCGAAUCACAUCACAAAUACAUCGACGGCGGCGGCGACGACGUCAGCGAUCGAGUCGACGGACGAGUGUGCAACAAUAACUGAAGCAUCAACAAGUGAACCUUUGCCAAACAUAAAUACAGUUAGCAUUCCAAUACCAAAAUUGAUCCCCGUCAUCAACGGGCUUGCCAAGCAACGAUUCAACACCACAAAUCAACCGCCCGGUCUAUCCACCUCUCUGGUAACGCUGUAUUUGAUUUCGGAAAAAGUGAAAAUCCUCGGCGCCAAUACUUAUGAAGUAUUCUGCCAAUGAAUGUGUCUAUUUGCAAAGAGUACUGCAAAUUUUACAAUGUACUAAUGUCAUUUUGCACCAACGCAAGAGAUUCUCCGCAACAUUUUUGAUCUAAAGAAAUUCACAUUUUCGAACCAAACUCAUCCGAUGUUCGCAUCAGUUUAAGAAAACUCUUAUUAUUUAACAUAUACUUACAUUUUGAACUGGGAUACGUAUGAUAUUCGGUUGAUUGUAUGGAUGACGGUAUUUAUCUGUAACUCUAUUUUAUUGUUAAUACAAACAAUUCAAUAAAAGUACAGAUAAAUCCCGUGUAUCAUCUCCACUUGUAUUGUUUUUUACAUUGAAGGGCGUUGCACGCACCUUAACAUUCACAAUACAAACUCAAUGCGAGUGGAGACGCCUUAUGAAAAAUGGCACAGAUUGCUAGUGCUAAGGUUUAUCUGUACUUUGGGGUUUAAGAAUGGAAAAAUAAAACAAUAUUUUAUAUGCAAACAA